UGACACCACCACCACCACCGCGCUGCAGUGCAGAAGCGUCCAACCAACCAACAACCAGCUCACGCCGAGGCGCGGGCGAAGGAGACUCGAAGCCUCCGCGUCUCUUCCACCCCAAAACCAAGCCGCGGAGGCGGCGCCGCGAGCGGUUGCGUUGCGUACUCACCUUGGUCGUCGUCGUCGUCGUAGCCCGCGGCCGUCGACUCGGCUCAGCCACCGCCACCGCCGCCGCCGCGUUCGCACCCGAAGUAGAUAUACGCGGAAGAGGGUUGGGUGAUUUGGUCGAUCGAUUGGAUUUGGUUCUUUUUUUUGUUCUGCGCGGGAUCUGGUUGAGAUGGGAGGAGGGCAGUCGAGGAGCCCGCGGGAGGGGAGCGGCCACUUCAGGCACUCGCGGUCGUUCCCGCAGCAGCCGGCGCAGCCGUGGGGCGGCGGGUAUGGCUAUCCGCAGGACCCGCAGGUGGGCGGCGGCUACGGUGCGCCGCAGCCGGGGCCAUACGCGGCGCCGUACCCGGCUUACCAGCAGCAGCCACCGCCGAUGCCGUCCCCAUCCGCGGCGCAGCAGCCGGCCCGGGCGGGAGGCGCCUCCAAGCCGCGGCUUGACCGCCGCUACUCGCGGAUCGCCGACGACUACCACUCGGUGGAUCAGGUUACUGAUGCACUAGCUCAAGCAGGACUUGAGUCUUCGAAUCUUAUUGUUGGCAUUGAUUUCACAAAGAGCAAUGAAUGGACAGGGAAAUUUUCCUUCCAUGGACGCAGUUUACAUUACAUUAGCAAUGUACCUAAUCCUUAUGAACAAGCAAUCUCUAUCAUUGGACAGACACUGUCGAAAUUUGAUGAAGAUAAUAUGAUUCCUUGUUUCGGUUUUGGAGAUGCAUCAACACAUGACCAAGAUGUCUUUUGUUUUUAUCCUGAUGAGAGACCUUGCAAUGGAUUCUCAGAAGCUCUAGACCAAUACAGGGAACUUGUUCCACACUUGCGCUUAGCUGGACCAACAUCAUUUGCACCAAUCAUUGAGAUGGCAAUGACUAUUGUGGAGCAAAGCGGUGGACAAUACCAUGUUCUUCUGAUAAUUGCUGAUGGACAGGUUACAAGGAGUGUGGAUACUGCAUCUGGGCAGCUAAGUUCACAAGAGCAAAAGACCGUUGAUGCUAUUGUGAGGGCUAGUGAGUUACCUUUAUCUAUUGUGCUAGUUGGAGUUGGCGAUGGCCCCUGGGACAUGAUGAAAGAGUUUGAUGACAACAUUCCUUCUCGUGCUUUUGACAAUUUUCAAUUUGUGAAUUUUUCGGAGAUCAUGUCAAAAAACAUGCCACAAUCAAGGAAAGAGGCAGCAUUUGCUCUAUCAGCCUUGAUGGAGAUACCGCAACAAUAUAAAGCAACUGUUGAAUUAGGAAUUUUAGGUCGUCGCUCUUUGAAGUCACCAGAAAGGGUUCCUCUGCCACCCCCUACUGGAAGCCACGGUGCUUCUUCAUAUGGAUCAAAAAGUUUUAGUAAACCAACUACUUACCCACAAAGUAGUACAUCAUCAUAUCCUCACUAUGAAUCUGCACAGAGUGCAACCCCUGCUGCACCUUCUUCUACCUAUGAUAACCAGGUUUGCCCUAUCUGCCUCGUGAACCCCAAAGAUAUGGCGUUUGGCUGCGGACACCAGACCUGCUGUGAUUGUGGGCAAACCCUGGGUACAUGCCCAAUAUGUCGCACUCCAAUCUCCACAAGAAUAAAGCUAUACUAGCAAUGGCAGUUUGGAUCAUUUGCGAAUGGGUGGCAUACUGGAGACCACCCUGUGUCACAUUGGGUGACGGAUUGUAGUAUUGGAUGCUUCAAGUGCAAUCCAUUCAAAGCCUUGAACGACUUGCAGAGUUCAGGGGACUGGGUUUGCACCGACAAGGAUCGCAGGUUCAGCCUCCACCGCUCCAAGAUGGUGGAGCAGGGGAUGUCUCAAGUAUUGAAACCCACUAGGAAUGAUCCGAACUCCAGUGCAAGAAGUGGGUUCAUGAAUAUUGAAGGGUUAUUGCAAUUUUUCCAUGAUAAAACAACGAAUUGAAGAAAGAAGGAAAUGAAGAAGCUCUGACGGACCGAACAGCAGUCAGAUUAGUCUAGUCAGUGUUAAUUGCAACAUGUGUACAUACGGAUGUUGGUUUCUUUACCGUGGCCGACAUCAAUUUUAGAGGAUUCGUUUUCCCAGUGACGUUUUCAUGCGAGAUUUGUUUGUUUAUUCAUGCGCUUUGUACAAAUAUGCAGUUUUCUUAUAUGAUUGAAGGUGAAAUUGUCUUUUUUAACGGUACCAUUUUUUUCUAGUGGAUUGCCCGCUGCUUUUGUUCUGAUGCCAGCAUGCCUGCAA